UCACAGGUGAGUUCGUUUAAAAGUUAAUGAGCCUUCGUCGCUGUCUGACAAGCGAAAGCAGGUAACCUUGCGAAGAAAGUCACCGUGACCCGUCGGCUCUAAGUGUAAAAAAAAACAAAAACCAUUCAAAAUUCACAAUGUGUGAUUCAGAACAGCAACAAGAGGCUAAAAAGGUGUUUCAGCCUCAGUGGCCUGAGAAUGGAGAUGAGUGGAGUGAUGGAGAGGAUGGGUCGAAUAUGGACUGUGGGCUUCUGCAGGCCAUGGCUGAGGAGGAUGAGGAGAUAAACGUCUACAAUGAAGAGACGUUUGGAAUGGAUCUUGAUGCACACAGGACCACAGAGGACCCCAACAGCGGUCUCCUUCAGUUUGGAGAGCCGCCCCCACCUCCGCCACCGACACCACCGCCAGACUCCAAACCACCGUCCCGCCACAGCUCCCCCUCCCCUCCCAGACAGAAGCCACAGUAUCUGCCCCGGGCUCCCCUAGGGCAGCGUGGCAGAGGUAGGGGACAGAGGGGAGGAGGGCCGGGCAGGGGGCAGAUGUUUGAAGAUCCAGCUGUGAUGAGGACAGUGGAGGGGCGACCAAGCCUCAAGAGUCUUGACAGUGCCAUAGUGGACUGUGGGAAUGCCAUGUACCAGAAAACCUUUGAGGAUGAUCAUAUGGAGCCCUCUUCCAGAAAGACUAGAAGAAUCUCAGGAUCAAUACUUCAGGACAGUGCUAUAGUGUGUGUGAUUGAUGGUCACAGAGGCAGAGGUCAGCACCUGACCUCCAACUUCCUGGAUUUGCCAUAUCCUGUCUCUUCCUUCAGGGGCAGGAGAGGGGAACCCAGAGGAUCCUACUCCAGAAGACCGUUUGGCCAAAGAGGCCCCUCUCAGAUGUAUGCAUCCAUGGUACCAGGAUCACCCAUCUUCUCACGUCCUCCGUUAACCCCACGGCAACAUUACAAUCAGACAGGGCGCUUCAUGUUUCCUACAAGCCGGCCCUGCCCCUCCACACCUCAGUCUCUGACUCCAAAGAUGAUGCAACUUCGCUUUGGUGCCAACUCGCCAAGACCGUCCCCUUUUUACAGCCCCUUGUCGAAUUCAGUGCAGCAUUUUAGGUACCCCGGUCCUGUCACCCAGCUCCACCCCCAACAUAAACGACUACUUAGUCAAAAACAACGAAUAUUCCAAAGGAAAUCAGAGGGCUGGGAUCCUUACUGUAAUCUCAUGACGACCAAAGAGAAGGAGUGGAUCACCAGGCUGCAGAUGAUUCAGCUGCAAAGUGAGAAUCCGUACCUUGAGGACUACUAUUACCAGGAGUACUAUCGGCGAAUAGAAGCUAAGAUGGCGGAGGAAGAGCUGGGCAUCAGGGGCAAGAGAGAGCCACCCAAGCUCACCACACCUUACAUCAUGAAAACUGACUCCUACGCACCAGUGGUGCACAUUGAAGGCUCUUUGGGUCAAGUUGCUGUGUCCACAUGUUACUCUCCUCGUCGUGCCAUCAGUGCAGUUCAUGCAGUCCAUGCUCACGGGCCACUAGAGGAACAAAAAGAUAUCAGACAACAGCGGUUAGAGGUCCUUAGCAAAAUAGAAAAGUUGUUCAUAGUUCUGUUGGAGGUUGAGGAGACGGAGAGGAUAAAAACCACAGUCUUGUCUGAAGCAGAAGAAAGAAGGUUGAUGGAGAAGAGACAGAGGAAAGUAGAGCACAUCUACUCCCAGCUGCAACACCAUGAUCCCCUAAAUUCGGGAGGGGAGUUUCUUCCUUUCCUGCUGGUCUCAAAAGGCAAAAGGCUACUCGCCCGUCUGCUUCCGUUCCUGAAACAUGAUACUGCACUGAAAAUCUUGAGCAUUGUGACCUCUAAACUACCUACACUGAUGAGCAGAGAUGCAGAAGAGGCCCUACCAGUGCUCUACCCGCCUCUUCGAAAUGUGAUUGGAGGCCUGACGUUCAGUCAGCUAAUUGGAGUCCUCAAAGAUCUGACAUCAUCAGAGUCUCUGACGACAUACGAGUCCCUCACGCUGGCAUGUCAGAACAAGUUUGGACUGUCCUUACUGUAUGCUCUCCUGUCCCAAGGAGAGAAGCUGCUGUCCUCAGGUGUUCCGCUAGAGCCCAGCAUCGGUGACUUUGAGACCUGGACGGACACAAUAUUCCAGGUGGCGGGACAGCUGUCCCAGUGUUCUCUGGUGGAGCCACUCCUCCUGCCCUCAAACCUGCUCACUCUCUUCUGCCGUUACCUGGACAAGCGCACUGUGUAUCAGCUGAAAAGCAACAUGGAGUCUGCAACCGGAUUCCUGGCUCUUCCAUCUUAAGGUGGAUGUUCAGCUAAUGAGACGUUCAGCUAAUGACUAGGAUAUGGUGAGCGCUAGAGUGAAGGGAGCAGAAGCACAGCCCUAACACAAACUCCUCAGUGUUCAUUAUAACAGAAGCUAUGUAAUGUACUCUGACCAGCGUUCAAAAUUCUUUGAUUCCUAUUAUUUUUUUCCCCCCUCAUCCCUUCACGUUUCUGCACACUCAAACUGUUUCCCUUAUUUUAUUUUAUUUCAUUUAUCUCUUUUUACUUUCCUCCCUUUGGUCUCCAGUAGGUUAUGUCGGUACACAAGUUAUUCUGAAAUCACAAACCUGAUGUUCCUUUGUUUUGUUUCUUUUUAACCUUCCAAAACAAGUGUUGCCAUCAUUUCAUGAGAUUGCUGAUUUACUGAGUUGGUAACAUUACAUGAACUAGCAGAUGAAGCUGAUUUACUUAUGUGGCUUCUAUCUAACCACUCCACAUUUACACGUUUCCAAAUGUCAGUUAAUGUCAUGACAAGAAACUUGAGGUAUCACUUACUGAGAUAAAUGUUAGAUAUUGGUGACCAGGUUGAGGAUUGUAUAGUAAUGUAUUAUUGUACAGCUGAACCGAUAUGUUCAUUAUUAUAAUAACCAUUUAAAGAAGUUGUCAUGGCAUGGUCCAACAUAUAAGCCAUGCAAUUUUGGGUUUUUUGAAAAGGCAUGCAUUGUGUAUCGAUACUAAAUAUGAUGUAUUUGAUGUAAUUUUCCAUCUUAGAUGUUUCAGUUGUAAAAAGAUUUUUAUUUAUUGUAUUCAUUUGGAAACAGGAAUAAUUUAAAUUGCACCCUUGUAGAGCACUUGCAACACAAAUAAAUCUUUAAAAAUG